AUGGUGAAGAGAGAGUCCGACGACGUCACGCUGCCCCAGCUCCGCAGGCCCAACUCCACCGGCAACGGCCCCGAGCAGUCUCUCCCGCCUCCCCCUCCGCAUGUUGGCCCUCAUCCUCCGGGCCAUAUGGAGGAGAGGAGGCACAUGAGUUACGACAACGGUCCGGGGCAGAUGUACCGGCAUCAGAACUACCCUCCCCCGCCUCCCACACCGUUGCCGCCUCAUCCUCAGCCACCACCUACCCCGUAUGACCAGAGUCCAAUGUACCCCCCGCCGAUGGGACCGGACGGUCCCUAUCCCAUCACUGCAUACACAGCCGCGAGCAAACGGAAGUCUCAGAGAGCAUCGCAGCUCAAGGCAAAAUGCGACGAGAACAAGCCCUGCAAAAACUGUACUGACAAGAACAUAAACUGUCAAUAUCGCGAUCCAGCACCCAAGCAGCAAGACAAGGCAACGCAAGACAUACUGGAUGCCAUGAAGAGCAUGCUGCAGUCGUACGACGAGAAGUUUACUGCUGGUCUGGGCGAAGUGAGAUCCGAAAUCCGGGAGCUCAGGGGCGAGAUCCGAACAGGAUCUUCUCAUAGCAUGCAGGAGCCACCAGAGCUGGAUGACUACGUGAAAGAGGAGCCGAGAGCAGUAACUCCGCAACCGAUUGCGGAGGUUGACGAAACUCCUUCUUCCUCGCCCGGUGACGAUAUAGCGAACGGCGCGCCGGACCCACAUUCUGCAGCCAAAAGGAUGCGACUGUUGGAGGACGAAGAGGGAAACGAGGAACCACCCGGAAACCCAGUUCAGCCGGCGCCACCACCAUUCCCUCACAACCACACGACUCCGGCGGGGCGACUUCUCAUGUGGCCCGCUGUCAGAAAGCUUGUGAAGCCGCUGCUGGAUCGCGAGCACAUCAAAUACAUCGAGAUCUACCCGCAGCGAUACGAGGAAGACCGCGGCGAACUACCUCUUUUCGGACGCGGUGAAGGGUCAACCUCGCGUGCAGUAGACCGCGAUUCCACAUACGAUCAUAUGGACAUACCAGACGAUGCCUCGGUUGGCGAUCACCCAUCCCCGUCGGGUGGUACCGACUGGGGCCCGAUUGGGGGUCUGUCCCCACCCGGUGGCUACCCAGCCGACUUGCGAGCCCAGAAUCGUUCGGAAGGCGUUCUGGAUUUCGAUGCCGUGAAGGUUCACAGUUAUGUGGAGCACUACAAGAACUACAUACAGAACAUGCACCCCUUGAUCCCCCCAGGAGACCUAGACGCCAUGGUUUACACAUUCCUGGAGGAAGUGUCCAAUAACCCAAGUGGUACCAAAAAACACAGCAGGGUUGCCGCGUUCACUAAUCACCAAGAAAGGCCGGCUCAACCGUCAUUCGAACACGAGAAGAAGCGCAAACGUUCGCCCAUCCCUAACGGUGUGGAACCCGGACCGGCGCCGAAGAGGCCGAAGCCCCAACGCUCUGUCCAACAUGCGUUGGUCCUGCUCGUUCUCGCACUGGGAAAGAUUUGCAUGUGGAGGGACCGAAAGCUACCAGACCCUCCAGAGAAAGAGAUGCCAAAUUCAGGGUCCCCGCUUGUCCGAAAUGGCCAUAUAACCUCACCAAAUCAUGGCUCCCCGCCAUCCAGUGCUCUCUCUCAGUCUCCUGGGCAAGCUGGCUUGCCAUCACCGAAGGACCAGGAGCGCCCAGGUGCCAGCCGACGCUCGUCGAUGCAAGCUUCCGGGGUGCAAGCACCAACCAGUGCCGCGUCCCCUGCGCCACCGAAGAAGAACUAUGAAAUCAUACCGGGUCUCGAGUACUUCGCAUAUGCGACUGAUAUCCUGGGCAACCACUUCGGCAGUUACAAGCUGAACUACAUCCAAGCCCACAUUCUUGCCUGUCUCUAUUAUGGACAGCUCGGACGCGUGAUACCUAGCUUCCGUCACAUCAGAUUUGCAUGUUCGGCAAUCAUUGACAAGCUUCAGCCGUCCAUGGACCGAUUGAAACGGGAGGCUGGAUGGGGCUCGGAAGACCAGGAAGUUCUUCCUAAACCACAGGAGGGCUCCGAACCAGAAAAGAACAAUGCUGUAGACACCAAGCUUCUCAUCGCGUUCUGGUCGUGUUGUCAGUUGGAGAGUGACAUUCUCGCUGAGUUGAACCUGAUUCCCUCUGGGAUUCUCCAAUACGAGGAUUUACUACCGUACCCGAACCUAGCGGUAAUGCAAGACCAGCUGGGCUUCUCAGAUGCCGUUGCAUUCAGCUACGCCGCACAGCUCUACUUGCGGAAACGGCUGAACAGAAUCUCCGGUUCACUCUAUGAUCCCAACAAGAAGCCUGAUGCUGCGCAACAGAGGGCCAUCCUGGCCGAGAUCGAAGAAGACCUGGUAAACCGAAGCCAUGUAUGGCUCGGAAUGUACAGGUUUGAAAGGAGCGACGCGCCGGCCAGAGACAUCCUGUCCGCACGCAUCCGGGCCAAGUUUUGGGGGGCCAACGUCAUCACCUACCGUCCGUCGAUCAAGACCGUGCUCGACUUUUCACACAAGCGCAACAAUGCCUUUUCGGAAGACUCGGAGCGAGCCAUUCCACAUGAAGACCCGGGCGGAUGGGCUACUGUGAGAAGCGACGCAAGGAGUCCGAGUGACAUUGACCCUAUAGUUUUCGAGAACGCAAGAAAGGGGAUUGAUGCCGUCAUCAAGAGUACUAUGGCUUUCCACGGCCUGCAGGACAAACGCUUCAUUAUCACCAAUGUUUUUGGAACGGCACAUGCGCAAUGGGGCAACCUGAUCACGCUCGCUGCUGCCUACCAUGACCCGCUGCUCGGAGAGUUUGUCGACGAAAAACUGCUACGACAACUUUUGAGGAAAACGAUUGAGUUCUUUGAGAUUGUGGCCCAGGACACUAGCAGUCUCGCUGUAGACCUUCGGGUCCUCCAAGGCUUGGAGGAGGGAUUGCCCUCCCAGGAGCAGCUGAGCGCAAGCAGGAACCUCAUGCCCCCCGGAACUUACGACAACCGCGCAAUGCCGUCGUACACGUCCAGCGGGCCAACACCUCACUCGGGAGCUGGCCCCAGCCCGAUUACGCCAGGUGAUCUGACCCAGGGUCACUCAACUCCGAUGGAAUUCUAG